AUGAAUUAUCCCAAAGAACAAAGAAGCAAAAUAACAAAGUUAGAUAUUAGUAAUCAAAAUCUAGAAAGAGAUAUUGAUUUAAUUGAUUUUACUAACCUAAAAAAAAUAAAUAUUGUCGGUAAUCGAUGGUUGGGAGAGAUAAAGGAAAAUGCUAAGACGAUAGUGUUAGGUAGUCUUUGUUUAGAAUUUAAGCCUGAUAAAUUAGUUAUCAAUAAUUAUCCCGUCUUAGGAGAAAUUAGAACUUUUGGAGAAAUUAAAAAUAUCACCGAGGUAUCCAUUAUUAAUUGUCCUCGAUUAAAAAAAGCAAAAUUAAGAGAGUUUGAUUGUGAAAAUAACCAAUUGACUAAUAUGGAUUUUAGUGGGCUAGAAAAAUUAACCUAUGUUAACCUAAACAAUAAUAAUUUUUCUCAGCAAGAUUUAACUAUUUUUAGCCAAUUAGCUAAUUUAGAAGAAUUACAAAUUGGCAAUGAUGGUCAAGAAAAGGUUAAUUGGUGGACUGGUUCAUUAGAACCAUUAAAAUAUUGUUAUCAAUUAAAGAAGUUAAAUAUCAAGAAUACUGAUUUAAAUAGCGGGGUAGAAUAUUUACCGAUUAGUUUGAAAGAGCUUGAAAAUAUGUAUAAAGCAAAAUUGGUGCCUUGCUUUUUGAGAAUACUAGCCUACUUAUCGCCCUCUUACAUUGAACAUGAUGAUUUAGUAAAAAUUAAAGAUUUAUAUAGUGAAAAAAUUGGGUAUUCUACUAAAGAAAGACCUGAAAGCAAAAUUAGAGAAAUUGCUAAGCAACUAGAUUUAUUUACUAAAGAAUACCAUAAUUGGGCAGAAUUAGAGAUAGGAUUUUCUCCUAAUGAGUUAAAUUAUGUUCAAGGUGAUUAUUUCUUUGCAACUCAUUUAAAAAAAGAAAAAGAACUUAAUCCACAAAACAUAACAUUACGACAAAAAUGGGAAGAAAAAGGAUUUAAUCAGCAACAAGUUGAAACUUUAAUCAAAAAUGGUCUAAAACCAAAUGACUAUGAUUAUGCUAAAUGGUUAGAGAAGAAAAGAACUUUAUUAUUAGAAAUUCUCAGGAAAAUAUUUUUUAUAAAUACAGUAGAAUGGUAUAGAGAAGAGUAUAAAAAAGUAAAUAGCAAAUACGGGUUAUGUAAGCAAUGUCGUGAACCUCACACUGAAGGCAGAAAGGAAUUUUUGGGACAAGCAUUGAUUGACAUUUUUUUUGGAGCAAAAUUAAUUAGAAGUAUUAUGGAUAUUUUUCACAUUAAACUCAAGGUUGUUCUAAAAAGUUUAAAUAGUUCACGAGAAAAUAUUACAGAUGAUUUUUUGGAAGAAAUUGCUAAUCAUAGAUUAGUUGAUAGUAGACCAGAUAGUCGAGGUAUUGUUCCAUUUUAUGGCAUUUCACGAGACCCAAAGACCGGAGAUUAUCUCAUGGUUAUGGAAUAUGUGGAGGAUGGUGAUUUACGUCAAUUUUCAAAGGACAUUUUAAUUAAUGCAGACCUUUCUAUUAAAAUUGAACAUUUAUUUAGCAAAAUAGUAUUAAUGCACGAACUUUCUAAAGGGUUAAAAUUAAUACAUGACAGAGGGCUAAUGCACCGAGACUUUCACCCCGGCAAUAUCUUAUGUACCAGAGUUGGCAAGUCUUUUGGUGGGUUUUUUUGUACCCAUGCUAGCAUUACUGAUCUAGGUUUGUGUCGCCCGGCCAAUGAAACUAAUAAAGAAAAUGUUUAUGGAGUAUUACCUUACGUGGCUCCCGAAGUUUUACAAGGGCAACCUUAUACCCAAGCCAGUGAUAUUUACUCUUUUGGAAUAAUAGCUUAUGAAAUUUUUGCUAAUGCUCAUCCUUAUCCAGAAAUGGAUGAUUUAGAUUUGGCUUUAAAAAUUUGUCAAGGGUUAAGGCCAAAUUUAGAUACUGCUAUAUUGCCACAGUUAUUGAAGGAUUUAAUUAAGAGGUGUCGCUUAAUGAAUGAAUGUGGAACAGACAGUGAAUUUUCUCGGCAGCAAUCAUUAAUGAUUUUUGACUUAUCAUUAAUGGAAAAGGAAAACAAUAAUAACAAUGAUUCUUCUAACUCAAUUCAUCAUCCUCAAAUCGUUUAUCGCAGUCGGCUUUUACUAACUAAGCAAAUUGCUCAAUUAUUACAAAACUCACAAGAAAUUAAUACUUCUCAAGCAGAAUUUGAUAUUUUAAAAGGGUGCGGAGAGGCAGAGGAAACCAGUAAAGCACUAGAAAAUUAUGCUGAACCACAGUGGGUAAAGGAGAAAGUGGCAACGGGAGAAGUAAACCUAGAUGAGUUAAGACAAGCUUAUCAGGAAGAACUUCAAACCCAAAUUGAAAUAUCUCCUAUAAGGUAA